AGCAGAUCAGCAGAAGAGCGAAGGAAGAGCCAAGAGUGGCGUGCAACGGUGCAAGUCAACUGUUCUGUCAGUUUUCGGGUUGGUGUCGCUCUGUUGCUGUAGCCGACGCUGUCGUGCAGUGUAGGUCGCGUUUUUGUUUUCGUUUGUUCGAAAACAUAAAAACGGACAUUUUAAUAAUAAUUGAUUCCGUAUUGGAGAACAACAGAGCGCAAAGUCAACGGUUGGCGUGCUGUCUGCUUCUUCUCCAAACAGGAGCAAUAACUUCACCUGGAUACCUUCUCGAAAGAUGUGACAUGAGUUGCAUGAGGCUGCUUGAAUGGUGACAGACGCACAGAUAGUGGCGGCUGCGGCGCGCUGGAGCGACGACACGCUGGACGCCAAGGAGCUGGCGCAGAGUGGCACUGCGCAUGCGCGCCUGCAGCUGCCCGCCCUGGUGAAGGUGGCCAAGGGACAGUACUCUGCCCUCGGUCUUCCCUCCCUCUCCUGUCCCGGCUUGGCGCAGCUGGCGUUGGUCGUCAGCGCCGGACGACAACGCACACUGCUUGCGCAGGCUGUUAAGCUCAAGGAGGGAAGACGAGUGUCGUCAGCGGGGGCCCGAGUGCUGAUCCCCGAGUCGUACGGCGGCUACUUCGAGCUACUGAGCGAGGAAGGCCGAGCGGCCCGCUGUCUGGAGAGUGUUGCCGAACUGGCGAGGAGACGACCCGCCCACGGCUGCUUAUUGCGCCAGCCGCUGCGAGCGUUAGCUGUCACUUCGCUCGCCAACCACCGCCAGCUCACGCCCAACGCCACCAUCGUUCCUGCGCCCGGCUUGGAGGCUGCCUCGCCGCGGACGCUCGCCGCCGGAGAGACGCUGUAUCCCUGCGAUGAGGUGCAACCAGAGGGCGCCAAGGGCCGCUACCUGCGCUGCACUGACUCGAAGGGCGAAACCGUACUGCUGGGCCUCGAGCAGCGCGGCCGCUUCAGCGUGUUGGCGCGCGAGGACAGCGUCAGUGGCGUGCAUACGGCGCGCAACCUGCUCAGCAAGCGGCUGCCGCUCACCGUCCGCCUUGUCAGUGGCUCGCCGCCGCUGCAGCACAAGAGCGACGCACGCAGCCCGGCUGCUGAGCUGCGCCUGCUGAGCGCAUUCGACGGGCAAAUGCUGUUUGCGCUGCCACUCAACACAAAGGACAGCGCCACCUCUUCAUCGCUCAUCGCACUCCCCGUCGCCGCGCCGCUCAAGCUGCUCCGAGCCCGCAACGAUGAACAGCUGCGUGGCAUGCGCGAGUUCCAGCGGCUGGCGGAGCGCGCCACGCGCCUCGCGCAGGAGGUGCGCGACCGGGCACACGUACUCGACGGCAAGCUCAGUGAGCCCAAGCAGCGACGCAACGUGGCAGCACCGCAUGACGUCAUCGGUGCUGACGAGCCCAAGCAGCGGCGCAACGUGGCAGCACCGCAUGACGUCAUCAGUGUUGACGAGAACCGAGUGCCCUGCCCCAUUGAUGACUAUGACGAGAUCGACCAGAUCUACGACUACGUGCGCGGAUUCGCCCCUCUGCCCAAGAGUGUGCGCGCUAAUUACUGUGAUCCCUCCAGAAGUGCGGACUGUUCGGAGCGGCGCAGUAAAGAGGCGCCGGACCCGCCGCCAAUCGACACGAUACCGGGCAAAGGCGGCAGUCACGGGGCGGCAGUCGCAGCCGCCGCCUCCAAGGCCGAGAAGCGGACUCGCAAACAGCAUCAUACGCCAGCAACCACCGGCCGCCAGAUACCGCCUCCAGCCACCCCUGUCGCCACCCCCGCACCCACCUCCCUCUACGUCAAGAACGGCGGCAGUUCACAACGCGCGCGCAUUCUCAGACAAAAGAGCUCCUCGCCGUUGAAAGAGACUAAGCUCGGAUCUCCUCUAUUCAACAUACGGUACAAGUCAUUAAGCAACCUUCAACAACAACAGCAGGCGGCAGCGAUGCAGGCGCAUGCGCAGAUGGUGCACGGACAAAUGGAGACUGACAUAGGUGGCGGGGGAGGGGGUACCCUGGACUCGAGCCACUCUGGCGGCGAGAAGCUGGUGCCUGAGAAGAGGUUCCGGCGCCUCAGUCGGCCACGCUCGCUCACCAACCUCGUCUGGGGACAUACGCAUGCGCAUGAACGCAAGCGAAUCGGCACACUCUACCUUUAACUAAGGAUAGGCCUAGGGCUCGAUGUAGUGUUGCUCGGUAGUCGUGCCACAGUCCACCCUGACCUGGCCACUUCCAGUUACCACUGCUCCUUUGCCGAUCGGCAUUUUCCAUCCACGUCUUAAAUCAUUCAAUAUCUUUGGUCCAAACAACAGCGCAAAAACAUAUCAUUUCAAGCAAUAAUUACUAAAUGAAAACCCUUUUCUUACUAAACGUUUAUAUUAUCAACAAUUCAAACCAAUCAUGCACAAUUCAAAUCAAUACUUAGAAUAAAAUUUCACAAAUCUCAAUUUGAUAAAGAAAUGCUAUUUUUAUAUUGGAAUUAGCUGAUCAUGAUCUACUUAAAAUCAUUGUAACGUGUGUUCUUGUCUUGAUUGACCAAUAAUAUUUGUUAUCAAGAAAAAUCUCAGGGUAUACUCUUGUGCGUCUUGCUUGAAGUUGAGUUCUGGAAUUGUGUGGCUUCACUCACAAUUGAAUGCUUAGCUACUCAUAUUGAAGAGGGAAGUAGUAAUUAUUUUUGGAAGGUUGUGCCUAAUAAUGUAGCUGAGUAUAGCCUAAGUUAUACUAAUUAACAAUUUAGGAAACAUUGAAAUCAAGAAAAUAAUAUUAUUAUUUAUUUAUUUUUAUUACUUGAUUUCUCAUUUAUAUUUCAAUAGAAACUAUUAAUUGUUCAGAUGAUAAAAUGGAACAAAUAUACAUUUUGUCUGUUGUCUCUUCAUUGUAGUUAUUGUAAACGUUAGUGAGUAAUGUUAGUGAAUACCUUCAGUUUUCUUUUUAAGGAAGGACCACACUAACUAUUCUUUUAAAAGAAAAGAAUUUUCAAGCGUCAAAAACUAUUUUGUUUUUAAAUUUUUGAACUAAAUAUUUAUAUAAAACGCUCUUUCAAAAGACUAAUGUUGGGUGCGUUUGUUUCAUUGGCAAAAUGACAAACAAAAUAAAUUCAAUACAAAAAGGACCUUAGGAAAAUUAUUGUUUAGUAUAAUUCAAAUCCAUUUGAUAUCUUCUGUGUUGAAGCUUUCUUCUCUUGUUCAAUAUGAAUCGACACAUUCAUUCGAUUGGCGUACAAGUAUGAGAUGGAAAAUAUCAAUAAUUAGUCUACAAAUAAUAAACUAUUUUAUAUAAUAAGUUAGUAUCUCUUCUGAAUAAUAUGUUUUUCGAUGAUCGACUCUGUAGUGCAUAAUUCUAUUUAUGUUCAUUAAUUAGGGUUUCUUUGAUAUUUGAGUUUAUUUCUGAAAAUUUAAUUGAACUUGAAUAAAGUGUAGAACGGUCUGCGUCUAUCAAACUCAGAUGAAAUUCUCAAUGCUCAAUGAGAAUAUUAUUGUGAUUGUAAUUGUCAUUUGAGCUAGAAAGAUUUGUAAUAAUAGAAAGCCAUAAUUUAAGUAGUGAUUUUUUUGAUUCGCCAUAUUAUAUAGAAUUUAAUAAUAUAUUCAUUGUAAUCAUUUUGUCAAUGUAGCAAUAUAUGAAUAUUGAAGAAUUACAUGUACCUAUUCGAUAC